AUCAUAUAUAUAUCUCUACCACAACCUUGUAUCUAUCACACCAUCGUUAGUAACUAGCACAAACCACCACCAUAAUGAAGGUAAAAACCUCACAGCCCACCACCAUCUACCCAUCUCAAGCACCUUUCACCGAUGACCACAUCCUCCCUCUCUCCCAUCUCGAUACCGAUCGCAACAUGAACGUCCCAUUUCGUUACGUACGAGCCUAUGCUGCCACCACCCCUCCCCACCACACCGAUCCAUUCGAUGUUAUCACCGCAGCUCUUUCCAAAGCCCUUGUCAAAUACUAUCCAUACACCGGUUCUCUAUGUCGUAAAACUGAUGGCCGGUUUGAGCUACAUUGCAAUGUCCGUGAUGGAGUACAAGUGAUCCCAGCUACCGUUGACUUCCCGUUGAGCUCGGUCAACUACUUAGAUGAUGCUAACGAGGAGUUCAUCGAGUUGCUUGUUCCACAUCCGGAUGAAAAAACACGCUUGAAAAACUUGUUGAUCUUGCAAGUGACCCGGUUUAGUUGUGGAGGGUAUACACUUGGGGCAUGUGUGCACCAUGUGAUGUGUGAUGGGCUUGGAGCUACCUUGUUUUUUAAUGCUAUGGCUGAGAUUGCGAGAGGGAAGGAUCAGGUAACAGUUGAACCGAUUUGGGACCGUUCGAGUUUGUUGGGGCCCAGAGAACCGGCUAGGACGGAGUUUCCGAUUCAGGAGUUUUUGUCUUUGGAUAAAGAGUUUUUGCCAUAUACAGAGAUGAAUGAAGAAGUGGUUAGGGAGUGUUUUAAAGUGAAAGAUAAGUGGUUAGACCAGUUCAAGAGUUUUUUGCAAGAAAAGUCAGGGUUGAGCUUCACCACGUUUGAAGCUUUGGGUGCUUAUCUAUGGCAAGCAAGGGUGAAAGCCUCAAAAGUUCCAAGAGAGGAGAAAGUGAAAUUUGCAUAUGCAGUCAAUAUAAGAAGGGUAGUGAAACCCCCACUGCCGGCAGGAUACUGGGGCAAUGGCUGUGUUCCCAUGUAUGCACAGACCACAGCUGGAGAUUUGAUUGAUAAACCCAUAUGGGAAACUUCAGAACUGAUUAGAAAUAGCAAGAGAAAUGUGAGCAAUGAGUAUGUUCACUCAUUUAUCGAUUACCAGGAGCUAAACUAUGAAAAAGGUAUUAAUGCAGGCAAAAACGUUAGUGCCUUUACUGACUGGAGGCACUUGGGUCAUUCAACUGUUGACUUUGGUUGGGGUGGUCCAGUCACGGUUCUACCCCUGUCCAGGAACCUUCUUGGGAGUGUUGAACCGUGUUUCUUCUUGCCAUAUUCGGAGGCUAGCCAGGGGGAGAAAGAUGGGUUCAAGGUGCUAUUGUAUCUUCGUAAGAAUGCGGUUGCUGGUUUUCAGGGGGAAAUGAAGAAGUUUGGUAACAUGGAGUAUGUGUAGUACCAUUUAUCUUUGUAUAUUUUUUGGCAUAAUAAGUGACUGGCAAGUAGGGAAUUGUUUGGAACCAGUGUUAUGACAGGUACGGUGUAUUCCUUAGCUAUUAUCCCUUUACAGCCAAAUUUAAAAGAUUGUAAGCAUUUUUCCACUCAUUAAACACAUUUGACAUGGUA